GUCUAAUUAAAAGCACCAACAUCUCUCCGAGAAAUCUUCGCCACUCUCAUCCACUUAUAGAGGGCGAGUCAUGAUGCUCGAGGAGUAUUCGAAGCAUUGGGUGGCCUUGAUCGAUAAAGGCUCAAUAUCUCAUCGGGCCAAUGGCCUCUUCUCCUCUGAUGACCGAAAGGAAGACAACAUCCCCUCUACAGUGCCUCCCUAUGAGACUGUGACGAGUAGUGCUGCAUCCCCCUCGUUGGAUGACUUGUCCAGUAACGAGAGCCUGGUGGCAGUGGCCUCGCCAUCAUCGUUCCAAAGUUUGUUCGACAGCUCAGUGAACUUCUCGUCGCGAAGGCAGAACGACUUCUCGAUGUUUAACAACGCUCAAGAGGCCAAGCCUCAUUACGAGAUCAUCUUCAAUGGAGGCGAACAGGCUGUUCUGCUGAGCGUCUACGGCAUCAUCCUCGUCCUGGGAUUGGUGUCAAAUGCAGCCAUCAUUUGGGUCGUUCUCGCUCGGAAGCAGAAUCAGAGCCCUCGGAAUAUGUACAUCGUGAAUCUGGCCAUCUCCGGGAUCGUGAUGACGAUCUUUUGCAUCCCGCCCACUCUCCUUCAAAUCCUCUAUGGAGGCUGGUGGCAUAUGGGAGUGAUUGCUUGCAAACUUGUGCCGGUCAUUCAAGGUGCCAACAUCUUGGUGUCAGCGUUCUCGAUCACCGUGAUCGCCGUCGAUCGCUGGAAAUCCGUGUCCAACACCAGUCCCAACGCAGUCCUCACUUACAAGUCCGUGUUUGGGAUCAUCGCAAUUAUCUGGAUGUUCUCCUUCUUGGUGACCUCCCCGUUGUUGAUUUACCAGACUGUGAAUCGAAUGCAUCUGCCCAACACGGACAUCGUGCUGAUGCAGGUGUGUACCGAGCAGUUCCCCAAGGACUUCUACAAGCACGGAUUCACCGUGGUGAUUCUCUUGGUCCAAUACGUCGUUCCACUCAUUGUCCUACCAAUUGUUCACGCCAAGAUCCUUUUGUUUCUCAGACGGAAUUCCGGCUUCCAAACUGAUCCUCGUCGUCGAGAACGCGAAGAGCGGCGCAAUCGUCGGAUGACCAAAAUUCUGUCUUGCAUUGGUGUGAUAUAUGCCAUCUCAUGGAUGCCGCUGCAUCUGUACCUGAUCCUCACCGACAUUUUCAGUUUAUUCCAAGAUAACCACACGUUCUACUUGGUGCUGGGUCUGUGCCAUGCUGUGGCCAUGUCUUCGUCGUUUACCAAUCCCAUUAUGUACGGGUGGUUCAACACAUCGCUCCGAUCCGAAUUGGAGAGCUUGCUGCCGAUUUGGUGCCAAAACUAUUUGAGCAGUGCCCACCCCGAUGAGGAGGAAGAGCACACCACGACCAACUAUAAUCGUCGGAAGAGCAGUUGUCAAAUGGUGAGUCGUCGUCUGUCCAGAGGUUGUCACUUCUUGAAGCCCGACAUCCACUCCAACCCUAAUGACUCCCGCCGAGCGAGCUUCGUGAGUGCCGAGCCCAACUCCUCCAUGGAAGGGCCUCGGAAAGCCUCCGCUGAGCUCAGACUAGAGGCUGGACGACCUUCAGCCCUCGUGGCCUACCCCCCGGGACCUCCUCAAAGUCAGGAUCCUCAAACCGAAGGCGAGCGCCUCGAAGCUGGGGAUUCAGUCUCGGGCAGAAAUAGCCUGGCGCAGUUUGACACCCCCAUGGAGACCGUGAUUGACGAGAAGAAUGGCAAAAGUAUCACUGUGGUCACCCAAUCUUCCGCCAGCCUUCUCCCUCCAUCGACCACCAAGACCAUGGCCUCACCAACCCCGGUUUAAGAACGGUCAAGUGAGAGAGCGAAAGUGAUGGGGCCGAAUUCUGAGCACAGCGCACCCUUUUCAUCUCUCCUGGCCUUGUCAUCAGGACCACUAACAGAAACAACCACCAUAACAGUUGAUGGUUUCUCUUUAAACCGGGAUCGGCGGUUGUGGUAAAUCCCAAGAUCCUCUAUGUCCCUUUGGCACUCUAUGAACUGAGCCCGAAUAGAGCUGAGGAGGACACAAGGGAUCGGACCAAAGCCAGAUCUGCAGAGCGAAGGUGGAGGAGAAGGACAGAAGAACAUUGAGUGUGUUUCACGCGAGAACGAAUCACUUUGGCGUGUUCUGGGCACAAAAAUAAAUUCACAAGUUUGAGCAAGAUAAAUGGAUGUUUGAGCAAAGCCAGCGAGGAUGAAGCGAGUGGGCCUGGCUCAGUCCGACACCAUGGCGAGCAAAGAAAACGUCAUGUCACGUUUAUCGAAAACAAAGAGCUCGGAAGUUCAACGCAAGUGGCCAAUGAGCAACACUAUCGCGAAUGUCCUCAACCAAAUGCAAUUGUCAAAGGACACCAGUCAGAGAUCUUUCUUUUCCUUAUUGUUGCUCUUACUCACUGGGAAAACGUUUUCGUUUCGGUUUUACGUUUCAUGUUAUUAACCCAUUAUGCAUUGGUGUGUUCAUCUUGAUAGGCUAAUCUUUCAAUAAACAAAGCUCGAUCCAACCAUCAA